CACCCUCUACGUGUUGGAUCGUCCCCAAGCGCUCGAAUCCGGGCUGCCCCAUAUCACACAAGGUAAUGGCAAUAUUUCAAGAAGACUAAGCUGUCUACCGGACUCCUUCCUAGAAUCGUAUUGCCUUGAUCAACGUCCGUUUCAUCAGUCACGAAGCGAAUUGGACGUCGAAAUGCUGACCUUACCGACGACCCAUAUCCCACACCUGAACGCUGAGCGCUGGGAUUGACAUUGCGAGAUUUAUGGGUGACAUCUGGGACUUCUACGAGGUCCAGUCAUUCAGAGGUUCAUCCCCAAUGGCGCAGUUACAGAUUGCUCAGUGGGAGUCUCCGUUGGAUGAGAUCAGUGCAGAGCUGUCCAGAAAGACAUUGUAUCGAGCGGACCGUCCAUUUAACGAGCAUUUCAUUGGUUCGGAUUUGUCUGCCUUGAGCCAUAUCUGGAUAUGUGCUGCUAGCGCGUGGAUCAGUGGUAGUGCCAUACGAACAUUCGCAAGAUUGAAUAGGGUCGCUCAAGAACUGAACAUCGACAAUACUUGUCCGAUAGUGUCAUGCCCAGACAUGACAGGGCCUACGCUCUCCACUUCUUCUCCUGCCUCAAGGCGCUCUUCCACUAGUCUUUUGAACCAAGCUGUCUUCUAUCAAGCGUUCGAUGUCAACCUUGAUCCUACUAUGGAAGGCUUCAGUCCGUCUCACUGUUCGCCAGUACCAUACGACCACGAGCCCGCUUCGACUGUCUGUCAGGUCUCUGGUUUAGAUCCUCCCUCAAACGAUCAUACAAUCGGUAUGAGCGUCAGUCCUGCACUCCGGGCCGGCUUCCAGGCACACGCGGACGAAGGUGCUUAUGACUGGUUACCUUCAACGUGGCCGCCAACGCUCCCUCACAACCUCAACUUGUUUCUGGAAGACUGGUGUAUAGAACCCUUCAUGCUCCAGAACUAG